AUGCAAUAUUUACAGACGUUCAUUGUUGAAUCCGUUCUGCACUCUGUCAACGCUCGUGAACCAAACCGAAUUGAUGCCCAUGCUGGCUACUACGGACAAGCGACGUGCUACAUAGCAUAUAUGCUGGCCUGUUUCAUCACACCAUCGCUACUACCGCUACUUUCGGCGAAAUGGUCACUUUUUCUCGGCUCACUCUGUUGGACUAUCUAUCAUGCGGGAUUUCUCUACCUCAACAACUAUUUUUAUUACUUUUCAUGUGCACUGAUGGGAAUUGGAUUUGCAUUCUUCUACACUGGCUACACGGCUUAUCUCACAUCGCACUCCACCAGAGGUACUAUUGAACAAAAUUCAGCGAUCACUUGGUCCAUAGGCAACCUAUGCCUUCUCUUCGGCGGAGCUGUGCUGUUAAUCGUUUCUGUCUUGAAUGACUCCAAACUAGAACUUGUCAAUGGAAACUCAACAGAAGUCCACGAGUCCGUGAAUUCGCGUCAAUUCAAUGACAGCGACAUAUUUUGGAUGUAUACCAGCUUUGCUGCGGUAACAGUGUGCUCAAAU